ACAAUAAGAAUGCUUUCAAAAAAAUAGUAAAUAAUAAAGAGUGAUUGCAAAUACAUUUUAAAAUACCAUCGAAACCUAGCUGCACACAGCCCGCUGAUUUUGAUCAGCUGACAGACAAACAAUGUACGCUGCCGAGUCUAUAGAAAUUGGUAGUCUUUUAUAAUUGGCUUAAAUUUACCGCUUGUUGUUGUGCAAUCGUUCGAGGUAGGAUACUUUGGAUUUUCAGUCGACUGAAUAAUCAAUUCAAUUUCAUGACAUUGUGGUUUGAAACGUUUUAUGAUGCUGUUGAUUUCUGUUGCCUCCUGAAAUGUCACCAAGAUUGGUAAGGAAAGUGGAUAACAAUAAACACAAAUGGCGAAUCACAGGAAGUCAGUUGAUGCAAAAAAGAAAUGGUCCUGCGGCCAAAUUGCCUUCGUCGUUUUCUGUUUAAUAUCGGUUGUAUCCAACGGUACAGUUUGGUUUUUAUAUUUAUUUUCACAUGGAAGCAAAACAGGCCCCAGAAAAGAAACGCGCAGACAUUUCUCUAAUGAUACACCUGUGACUGUAGCAGAUGUAUUGCAUAUUACAAUGGGAUUCAACGAAAGUGUAGUAAAACGUGACAUAAUAAAACAAGAGGAAGUACCGGCAGCUGUAAACGAGACAUUGAUAGAAUAUUAUAGAAAUCAACUUCAGCCGUUUGGUUUCACAAUGAAAUCGUUUUUGAUUCCUUAUAAAAUUAAGUCGCCUGGACUUCAUCGACAUGCCGAUAAAUUUUACAACACGUGUGCGGUCGUCGGAAGCUCAGGAAUACUAAAAGAUAGUCAAUGCGGUGAGGAAAUCUCUUCUCAUGAAUUUGUUAUACGCAUGAACAUGGCCCCAACAGACCGGUAUGAAAAAGACGUAGGCAAUAGAACGGACCUCAUGUCAUUAAAUUUUCCGAUUUGUCGUGCUUUGGAAAAAUGUUUACGAAGUCGUAAAAGUAAAUGCUACAAAUCAGUGUACACGAGAUUCAAAAGUCUAAAAAACUCGAUAUUACUACUUCAUGAAUUUCACAAUCCAACAAUUAAUUGGAAGCAUAAAGGACAUCUGCAAUUUAUAAAAUCACUGCAGAGAAAUCACUUACUUCCAGAUGUCAGAGUGUCGGCAAAAAAUGCGACACUAAGGCUAAGAAGCGCCUGGAAUAUCACGAUGCAGCCAUCUGGUGGUUUGCGAGGUAUAACAGCUGCAUUGUUAAUGUGUCGCUCAAUAUCGAUGUAUGGAUAUUAUCCGUUUCCUAAAGGACCAGAUGGAAAACUACUCUUAUACCAUUACUUUGAUACCAGAACUGUGAACUAUAAAAUUCACAAUAUGAGCGAGGAGCAUAUGAUCUAUAGAAAAUUAGACAAAAUUGGAAGAAUACGAUUGGUAACAAAAAAUUGCAAAACGAUUCAAUAAAUUCUGUUGUAGAUUUCUUUAUGUUUAGAUUAACUUAUAUCUCUGUAUUAUUAGGAAAUGUCUGAACUUAGAAGAAACCAAAGAUAUCUCCGAUAUUAUUAUGAUCAUCAUUAUCAAAAUUUAUAUAUUUUACUUUAUUAUUAAAUUUAUAUCAUUAGUA